UUCUAUCUUUGUGGUCAUUCUGGGCUUGUGCUUCUGCAGCAAGGAGAGCAGUCCAUCAUUUCUGGGGCGUCCACAGCUUUACGGCCCCUCGGAGGCUUUGGCUAAAGAAGUUGUAGACUUUGAAUGUAAAGUGUUGGACUACCCGAAAGAUGAAGAAAUCCUGCUGCAGUUAUUCAAGGUGGAUGACCGUAGCCGGAUGUUGGGUGAAUACACCUCGCUGGAGGGGGAGGUCGCAGUCAUUCCCAUAGUGGUCAAAACUUUACAUGAGGGAUCCCUGGUGUGUGUGGCCAGUGCACAGAAUAACUCAGAGAUAGUUCCUACUGCCAGCCACCCACACUCCCUGAAGGUUGUUGAGCCAGUGAAUGGUGCACAGAUUGUCCAUUCAGGUCCAGUGGAGCUCUAUGAGGGGAAUACACUGGAGCUACACUGUGAAGUCACUGCUGGAAAUUAUGUCUCCUACAAGUGGCUGCUCGAUGGUCAGCUCAUCUCUCAGUCUCCUUUCCACUAUGUUGCAGAAAACCACCUCAGGAUCAGCAGGACUUCUUCUGAGGACAGCGGCUCCUACAUGUGUGUGGCGACCAACACUUUCAACAAAACAAGGGUCUUCAGCUCCUACAGCUCUGAAGUUGUGUUUAUUGUCAAAGACUUGGUGUCAAGCCCUAACGUCUCCUUUACUGUGCUAAAGGAAGACUCCCAAAAUUAUUCUGCUGCGGUCACCUUUCCAGUUGGUGGGUCAGUGAUGAUGCAGUACGACUUUGACUUUGGAGAAAACUAUGCCAUCGUAGGUCUGAGGUUCUACUGCAAGUUAGAGAAGGGAUCUCAUCCGCAGUUCCAGUGGUUCCUCAACAAAACACGUCUACAUGACAGAGGAAGCUUCUACUACGUAUGGAACCAGCAUCCAAAACAGUCUAUGCUCCAGCUGUCUGUCGGGAGGAGCAGCACUGGGACAUACCACUGUGAAGUGUCAGACAGCUUUGACAACACCACUGCCAUAAGCAGCAAGAGGCAGUAUUUGGAUAAAGAUGUGCUGAACCGCCUUCCCAUCUUGGUGGUGGCAGUUGUCUUUGGAUGCUUCACAGCCCUGAUUCUUAUGGUGUCCAUUUGUUGCUGCAUUGGAGUGAUGUUCAGGCAGAGGCAAUAUGGAGAGAAGUCUCUGUGGAACCUGGAGAUGGAGCGAAUGAAUGCUGCAUAUGAGGGUGACCUGGACUUAUCAGUGUACAAUGAGGAUCCUGAUGUGGUGAAAACAGCCAGAGGAGAUGAAUUUGAUCAGCCAUGUGAAGCCUCAGUGGAUGAAUUGCCUGAAAUUGAAGAAGAGAAGAAGACGCUGGAGGAUGAACUAGUUUAAGGAGUCGAGGAUGUUUGCUCUGUAAACACAGACUGUUGUGGUUAAAUAAACAUCUGAUACUCGUCUGUCGUGUC